AUGAGGGUGGCAAUGGGCAUGCUCUGGUUCCUGGCCCUUGGGGGACUCCCCCAGUCUUGGGGCUCCUGUCCCUCACAGUGUAGCUGCAGCCUCCACAUGCUGGGUGACGGCAGCAGGGCCAGGACGGUGGUGUGCAAUGACCCUGACAUGACACUUCCCCCAGCCUCCAUCCCUCCAGAUACCUGCCGGCUGCGCCUGGAGAGGACAGCCAUCCGCAGGGUGCCCGGGGAGGCCUUCCGGCCCCUGGGCCGCCUGGAGCAGUUGUGGCUGCCCUACAACACCCUCAGUGACCUCAGUGCCCUCAUGCUGCGCGGCCUGCAGCGCCUGCAAGAGCUGCGGCUGCCCGGGAACCGCCUAACUGCCUUCCCCUGGGCAGCCCUCAGGGAUGCCCCCCAGCUGCGGCUGCUGGACCUGCAGGCCAACCGCCUCUCUGCCGUGCCGAUAGAGGCUGUGCGCUUCCUGGGAAACCUCACCUUCCUCGACCUUUCCAGCAACCAGCUGAUGAGACUCCCACAGGAGCUGCUGGCCACCUGGGCCCACCUGCACAUGGGGCCCUUCCUGCCCGGCCACCGCGCCAGGCUUGUCCUAGGGCUUCAGGACAAUCCCUGGAUGUGUGACUGCCGGCUUUAUGACCUGGCCCACUUUCUAGAUGGCUGGGCCCCACACCUGGCCUUCGUCGAGGCCAGGCUGUGGUGUGCCAGCCCGCGCAGCCUGGCUGGAGUGGUCUUCAGCCAGCUGGAACUGAGGAGGUGUCAGGGUCCAGAGCUCCAUCCGGGUGUGGCCAGCCUCAGGUCCCCUGUGGGCAGCACAGCAUUGCUACGUUGUGAGGCCACUGGGGUCCCUGGGCCUGAGAUGAGUUGGAGGAGGGCCAACGGGCACCCGCUCAAUGGCACAGUGCACCAGGAGGUCUCACAGGAUGGCACAAGCUGGGCUCUGCUGGGCCUGCCGGCAGUGUCCCACCAGGACUCUGGAGACUAUGUCUGCCAGGCCAAGAACUUCCUAGGUGCCUCUGAGAUGCGCAUAUCCCUGACUGUCACUGAAGCCCAGGCUUCCACAGAGCAGAGUGGGGACCCUGGGGUGCUGCAGACAAAGACAGGCAAGGAGGUGGAAGCUGCUGCUUACAACGACAAGCCGGUGGCCAGGCACGUCCCCCAUGCCCGCGAACCUGCUGUCCUGACCCCCUGGACUUUUGCACCCAACACGAAGGAGGCACGGACCCCCCCGCACUUCCCGCUGGGUGCCGCGGGAGAGCUCUCAGGCGGGCCAGCGGAGCCCCAGGAGGCGCGGAUGGUGCGGUCCCUCAAGGUGGUAGGGGGCACGUACCACAGCGUGUCCUUGGUGUGGAGGGUUCCACAGGCUGGGAAUACCACUGCCUUCAGCGUCCUCUAUGCGGUCUUUGGCCAGCACGACAUGCUGCGGGUGGCGGUGCAGCCUGGAGAGACCAGCGUCACCAUUGAUGGGCUGGAGCCCCAGACUAAGUACGUGGCGUGCGUCUGUGCUCAGGGUCUGGCGCCCCGCAAGGAGCAGUGCGUCAUCUUCUCCACCAACGAGGUGGUGGACGCAGAGAGCACACAGCAGCUCAUCAACGUGGUGGUCGUCAGUGUGGCCGCUGUCAUUGCAAUGCCCCUCACGCUGCUCGUCUGCUGCCGAGCCCUCCGCAGGCGCUGCCUCAAGUGUCGCACACCGGGCCCGGAGGAAGCUGCGGGCGCCUAUGUCAGCCUGGAGAGGCUGGGUCACAGCGAGGAAGGCUCUGAGGGGCUGUCCUGGCAUAGCCUGGGAGAGGCUGACAGGCUCCUAUCGGCCAGGUCCAGUGUGGACUCUCAGGCCCUGGGGGCAAGGUGCAUCCAUGAAUACUACUGCUGA